AUGGAAAGUGAAUCAAAAAAAGUUAUUCGUGUUGGUUCACGGAAAAGUGAACUUGCUCUCAUUCAAACGAACUUUGUCAUUGACAGUCUUAAGAAAAUAUACCCAGAUAAGGCGUUCACAAUAGUAAGUAUGACCACCCUGGGGGACCGCGUGCUCAACGUAUCGCUACCCAAAAUAGGAGAAAAGUCUUUAUUCACCAAAGAUUUGGAAGACGCGCUAAGGAAUAACUCAGUAGACUUUGUGGUGCAUUCCCUCAAAGAUCUGCCCACCACGCUGCCCGAUGGACUUGCUAUAGGAGCUGUUUUUGAAAGGGAGGAUCCCAGAGACGCAUUAGUGCUCAGAGAAGAUUUCAAAGACUAUACAUUGGCCACACUACCAGAAGGCUCUGUUAUAGGUACGUCAUCACUGCGUCGUACUGCUCAACUCCGUGGCAGUUAUCCUCAGUUACGAGUGGCGGACGUCCGCGGGAACUUAAAUACGCGUCUCACAAAACUCAACAGUGGGGAUCAGUACGCGGCACUACUGUUGGCCAGCGCUGGACUCCAUAGGAUGGGUUGGGCUGACAAGAUAUCUAAGGUGCUGCCGUGCGCGGAGAUGAAGUACGCGGUGGGUCAGGGCGCGCUGGCCGUGGAGUGUCGCGCCGACGACGCCGCGCUGCUCGGCCUGCUCGCGCCCUUCAGCCACCCCGAGACCUACUGCAGGAUACUCGCCGAGAGGAGCUUUCUCAAGACUUUAGGCGGUGGAUGCAGUGCGCCUGUAGGCGUUUCGACAACCCUAAAACCAUUAGAUGCACAGUUCCAACUGUCCAUAACAGGCGCAGUUUGGAGCCUAGACGGCUCCAUCAAACUGGACCACACGUUAAAACAAACAUUUGUACAAAUAAAACGCACACAGAAACACAAACUGAGCCCCACAGAAGAACAAGAAUGUAAAAAAAUCAAGAUAUCGGACGACGCCAACAAAACGGUUCCUCCAGAGAUAAUUAGUAAUGUAAUAAGUGAUAAAAUCGGUAAUUGUAGUGACGUCAGUUUGAAUGAGGAGUUUCAUGCUGAUAAGAGAAUAUUUUGUGGGUUGACAGCGAAUGUGAGCGUACCUAUAGAGGUAAUAAUCAAGUGUGACAACUUAGGUAAGGACCUCGCCAACGCUCUCAUUGAGAAAGGUGCUUUAGAUGUGAUGAAAGUCACUCAAGAUUUAAUAAGGAACUCGACGGUCGCUAAAACCUCAUGA